AUGGUCCAGGAAUACCAGGCUAAGCCGGUUUUGGUUGGCUCUGGUCUUGACAACCAUUCACGUGGCACCUACCUGAUCCUUCACGUUUGUGCCGCUAAGAAAGGCUCAUCAUACGUGCGCUUGUGGAAACUGUUCAAGGAGUGUCUCCAAGAGCAUACUAUCACUGCAAACGCGGAGGUCAUAUUCAGUUCCGGCGCUACGCUCAAUGUUCAAGACCUCCUGAUCGACAGUCUUGAUGGUCCUGUGCGAGUCCCGAGCGCGAAAAAGAUCUUUCACUUCCGAGAGGGAAAUCCAAAGAUACAAUACUCGUUUUAUAAGGCGCCACGCGUUCGCAAUCUCGACUUAAGUUAUGUCUCCAGAGAUCGUGAGGACUGGGACUGGAAGCUCAGGCUCAUUACGAGUGAUGAACAGGGGGUUGCAGUCACUGUUCACUACCGCAUGGAGGUGAAUGCGUUGAAAGUAUCAGAUGAUUCGUUUUGGAAAGGUGUUAUCCAAGCCGCAGAGAGACGGAAUUAG